AUGAGAGUCAAUAUUUUAAAAUAUGUUUUUUUUUCAAUUAUUAUUUGCUUUUUUGAAUAUGCUCAAAAUGAAUUAUACACUGUAAACGAGAGAAACAUAUGUCUUGGAAGGAAUGUAAUAAAUUUUAGAAGUAAUAGGGUAUUAGCAGAUGCAGACAAUCAAUUAAAUUUAAAUGAUUUUUAUCAAUCAACUUUGAGUCUUGCAAAUCAACUUAAUGAGUAUAAUGACUAUGACGAUGACAAAGAAAUAUCAUUUCUUCGAAAUACUAUAGAUUCACAUAUAAAGAAGCAUCAAGAAAAUAACACAUUACCCGAUAUAAAUAGUUUAGAUAAAAAAACUAAAAAAGUAAUUCGUAAACUUCAAAAAGAAUUAGAAGAAGUAAAAAAAGAGCUUAAUAAUAAAAGUAAUAGUGAAAUGACAACAAAACUGACACAAGAGGAAAUAACUAAAACAGAUGAAAAUAAUUCUGUAUCAGAAGAUGAAGACUUUAACCAGUUGGAAAAUGAAGUAAAUACAUUGGAGACCGAAAAUAAUCAGAUCGAUUUUAGUAAUAAUAAUUUUAAAGAUAAACAAAAGUUAAAAAAAAUGGUAAAAGGAUUAAUAAUAAGGGGACUGUUGAUAGUUUUGUUUUCUUUGGCGAUAGCACUAUCAGGAUUCAUUAAUAUCACAUUUGUUAUUAUAGGUAUAGGAAUUUCAAUUGAAACAAUUAUUAAAUUUUAUCAAUGCGUUAAGUUAGCCCUUAAAGUAUAUAGAAAACCCAAAAAAUCAAAAACAUCAAAAUAA